AUGAUGCAAAAUGGCCCGGUUUUGCUGCAUCGACACAAAUCACGCAUCCCGUCCCUAGAGAACCUGGGCUUUUUGAUGCAAACAGAGGCUCCACUGAGCAAAAUCAAAGACCCACAUGUGAUGCAACCCGAGCUCAAAGUCCCCAAGCUUGAAAAUCCAGAAGCGCUGGCCGCUUUGCAGAUGGCUGUGCAGAACCAUGAUUUCGCCGGUGCAGAGUUUAUAUUCGACCAGUCGGCGAGUUUGCACGAUAACCCAGAAGCCCUUGAGCUUGUUCUGAAAAACUACUGCAACAUGAACGACUUCACCACCGCCAAAGCAGUUCUGUUGCAGGUUCAGAAAAAGAUGAGCCGGCAAGGAUUUAUUAAAUUCAUGAUAGCCUGCUUCCGGCACUCGGAAAACUCUGAUGAUUUACAAGAGACGUUCGAGGCUGCUAUCAAACAGUACCCUGCUGAUGAGUCUAUUGUAUCUGCGGCGUUAUUUGGAUUCAAAGUGCUGAGAGAUCGACCUCGGAUUGAAGCUCUGCAAAAGUACAUCAAGUCGAAAGGGCUUUUGCGGAAGCUACCACUGCUACAGGUCCAAGUUUACGACAGUUAUCUUAAUGGUAAUUUUGAUGCUGCGCUUGAGCUUGGUCGGACUAUUGCCGCUAGAAUAUCCUCUGAGCCACCGUCCCUACUGAGACUAGAUAUGCCCUACCGCUGGGCAAUCCGCUAUUUUGCGCAGGACGGUAACGUCGAGGCAAUCGAGAAAAUACAAAAGCAUGUCGCUGAGCUUUCCAUUCCUACAACUAUAUCGUUUAGCAAUAUUGUGCUCACCAUCCUGCCUCCACUAUACCCGAAUGUUCCCCUCGUGAGCUGGCUUGAUCGAUGCGUGGAAUGGGGCUGGAAAAUUGACCGAUCGUCUUUCAGUAAAUUGACACAGCUCCUGUAUAGGUGGUACCCAUCCCAGCACGAACGAAUUGCUAAACUGCGUUCGUCUCUUGGUAAAACUAUUCCUCAGUCGAGCGGAUCUAAAGAGGUCAGUCGCAGCUCUGAGCUCUCAGCCAUACAAAAGUUCAUCAACUUGGGAGAUCCUUCAAAAUGUCUUUAUAUUCUCGAUUCCAUGCGACGACGAGGCAUGAUCCCCCCCUACUAUUACCAUGUUUUAAUUUUUGAAGCCCUGGCGAAGCGGGGCCUCACCACAGACAUUGAGCAGCUUGUGGCCAAAAUGAAAGCGCUCGAGUACCCCAGACACUGUGCGGGCACAGACCUGGCGAUGCUCGAGCUUCAGUUGCGCCAAGCUGCCAAAGGGAAAAACAGAACUCGUAGCGAAAAGUUGGCCGAUGCUCAGCGGGGGCUAAUCUGGGUAAAUCAAUACCUUGUUGAGUAUCCCUUGAUUCAGCACGACCUAUCGCAGCUAACGAGAAUCGCAACACUAUUUAUGCAUUGCCGCCAACCAGAUAUUGCUGGCCAGGUUGUUGAUUUCUUGAGAUGGCAGUCAGAAUCAGGCAAGUUCACCGCGCAAAAUCACGACAGUCGCAGCCUGACUGUACUUUUAAAAGCCGAGCAGCAAUGCAAUCGGUCUCCAGUGGCCACUCUCGAUACUCUAUUAUCUGAUCGGCCUCGCAUUUUUAUUGAUCUUAAGCUGAAGCGCCAUCUUCGCGAAUCUCUCACUUCUGAACAGUGGAAGCAUUAUUACAGCUUGAUCAAAUCACAUAACGAAUGGGUUGUGGAAAACAUAUGCCAAGAGGUAGAGCAGCUCGCCCAAUUCGUUAAAUCCGGAGCUUGUACAUAG